UCCUGUGGAAUUGUGAUGAUGGCAUGACGGUGAUUGUAUAUUGUAUCUUUUUAUAUAAGAAAAAAUCCUCAUUCCUUAACCCACUGUGUCUGGAAACCACUUGACGACUCCUACCUACGUUCGUUAUUGCCAAUUUGCCACCCUUGAAGGCACACGUGCUUCUUUCACGCUUUGGCAGGUCUUACACGGUGCCUAGAGUGCUCUCUCUGGUGGGUUUCUUUUGGAGUGCAUUUUUUCAGCUUUUGUCUUGAGUUUUGAUUGGGUGAGGAUCAAGUUGAGAUGGGAAUUUUUUUGCUGGGGACUGGAAUGGACAUUUCUGUAGAGAUUGUCUAUGCCGCAUUUGCCGUACUGUUACUGGCAUGGCUGUUGACAGACAUCUUGAAACAAAGGAGAGGCGGUGGUGAUUUACAAUGCAGAGAACACCAAGCAGUGAAACAACCCACAGUGCUGUUCACUACAGUUGCUGUUCUUUCUAACAUCAUAAUCUCGAUUUUGUACCUUGGUUUUGGGUUUUAUCAGUAUUGGGACCUUGGAAUUGUUACCUCUAAAUCUGUGUUCUUAUCCGUGACUUGGAUUUUAGCUACUCUAGUUGCUUGCUAUUCCAAAAACAGAACUCUUAGAGAAAACAACAGAUGGCCCGUAGUCGUUAUUCUUUGGUGGGUCGUUUACAGCAUCUUUUGUUCGCUUUCUGUUUCCAUUCACUUCAUCACCCGUUUUAGUUCCAUAGAAUUGCCUUAUUCCUGGCCCGAAGCUAAUAUUGCUGAUUUCCCUUCCUUACCACUGUCAAUUUUGCUUUCUCUCAAUGCUUUGACAUUCAGAUGUAGAAGUACCAAGACACAUAAUGAUCUUGAAACCCCAUUGCUUCAUGGGAGUUUGUUCAAAGAUUCAGCUUGCUAUAGGAAUGCUGGGAUUUGGAGCAAGCUUACUUUUCGAUGGCUAAACCCACUGUUUAGUAGGGGGAGGAUGGAAAAACUUGAGCUAUCUCAUGUUCCUUCAGUUCCUGCAUCAGAAACGGCCAGGUAUGCUUCCUCAUUGCUUGAGGAUUCGUUUGGAAAAAAUAAAAACGAGACUUCGAAUUUGCCGAAAGCCAUAGCAUAUGCUGUUUGGAAAUCCCUGACUGUAAAUGGAGUUUUUGCAGGAGUAAACACAAUCGCCUCCUAUAUGGGUCCUCUUUUGAUCACCAACUUCGUAAAUUUUUUGUCGGAGAAUCAUGAUGAUUCAGGAUACCUCAAUGGACUGGUUCUUGCUUUCAUCUUCUUUUUCUCGAAGACAGUUGAGUCCUUAACACAGCGGCAAUGGUACUUCGGUGCUCAGCGUAUUGGCGUGCGAGUGAGAGCUGCUCUCUCAGUACUAGUUUACAAGAAAUCUUUAUCAGUGAAGUUUGCUGGUUCAAGCAAUGGCAAAAUCAUAAAUAUGAUCAAUGUUGACGUAGAGAGAAUUGGUGACUUCUGUUGGAACAUCCAUGGGGUUUGGCUGCUACCAUUCCAGGUGUUUUUGGCCCUUGUUAUCCUCUAUAGAAACCUGGGUGCUGCCCCCUCUAUUGCAGCUCUCUCUUCCACAAUUCUGGUGAUGGUUAGCAACACUCCUUUGGCCAGUAAGCAAGAAAGGCUCCACUCCAGGAUCAUGGAAGCCAAGGACUUAAGAAUCAAAGCAACAUCAGAGACUCUCAAGAGCAUGAGAGUCUUAAAACUGUAUUCAUGGGAACCAACAUUUUUUAAGAAGCUUCUUCAGCUUAGAGAGACUGAGAGAAACUGUCUGAGGAGAUACCUCUAUACAAGUUCAGCAAUGGCCUUUCUGUUUUGGGCUUCACCAACUCUGGUUUCCGUUAUCACUUUCGGUGUCUGUAUUAUAUUGAAAACACCAUUGACAACAGGAACAGUCCUCUCAGCUCUAGCAACUUUCCGAAUUCUCCAAGAGCCCAUCUACAACAUGCCAGAGCUCAUUUCCAUGAUUGCUCAAACGAAGGUCUCCAUCGAUCGCAUCCAAGAUUUUCUAAGAGAAAAAGAUCAAAAGAAGCAGAUUCGUUACCAAACUUCUCAAGCAUCAGACAUUGCUAUCGAAAUGAAAAGUGGAGAAUAUGCUUGGGAAACAAAAGAUCAAAUCUCAACGAAACCUACCAUCAAAAUUACCAAGAACAUGAAAAUAAUGAAGCUGUACAAGGUUGCAGUUUGUGGUCCAGUUGGGUCUGGCAAAUCAAGCCUUUUAUGCAGCAUAAUUGGAGAGAUUCCCAGGAUUUCUGGGGCAGGAAUCAAGGUUCAUGGAACAAAAGCUUAUGUUCCACAGAGAGCUUGGAUUCAAACCAGAACUGUGAGAGACAACGUGUUGUUCGGCAAGGAUAUGAAUAGGGACUUUUAUGAUGAUGUUUUGAAAGGGUGUGCUUUGAACCAGGAUAUUGAGCAAUGGGCUGAUGGAGAUUUGACUGUAGUGGGAGAGAGAGGGGUGAACUUGAGUGGCGGACAAAAGCAGAGAAUUCAACUUGCAAGAGCUCUCUACAGUAAUUCAGAUGUUUAUAUCCUAGAUGAUCCUUUUAGUGCUGUUGAUGCGCAUACUGGAACGCAUUUGUUCAAGAAAUGUCUCAUGCAACUCUUGUCUCAGAAAACUGUCAUAUAUGCUACCCAUCAACUGGAAUUUUUACAGGCUGCAGACCUUGUUCUGGUGAUGAAAGAUGGCAUGAUUGUCCAGUCAGGAAAAUAUGAAGACUUGAUUGCAGAUCCCACGGGUGAACUUGUUAGACAAAUGGUUGCCCAUAGAAGAUCACUAAACCAAGUGAAUCCACCCCAAGAAGAUAACUCAUUAACCAGUAUACCAUCUCAGUUAAAUCAAAUUGAAGUCACAGAAGAAAAAUUUGAAAAGCCUAGCAGUUCUGAUAGAUUUUCAGAGAGAACUCAAGAAGAAGUAUCUGAAACUGGCAGAGUGAAAUGGAGUGUUUACUCAACCUUCAUUACUUCAGCUUACAAAGGAGCCCUUGUUCCAAUCAUUCUUCUGUGUCAAGUCCUUUUCCAGGGACUGCAGAUGGGCAGCAAUUACUGGAUUGCCUGGGCAACAGAAGAGAACCACAAGGUCACCAGAGAAAAGCUGAUCGGCAUAUUCAUUUUGUUGUCCGGUGGAAGCUCCGUCUUUAUAUUGGGAAGAGCAGUUUUUCUGGCAACAAUUGCUAUUGAGACUGCUCAGCGUCUCUUCCUUGGAAUGAUCUCAUCAGUUUUUCGAGCUACUAUUUCUUUCUUUGAUGCUACUCCCUCUAGUAGGAUCCUCAGCAGGUCAUCUACAGAUCAAAGCACAGUAGAUACAGACAUUCCCUACAGAUUGGCUGGAUUGGCAUUUGCACUAAUUCAGCUAUUAAGCAUCAUUAUCCUCAUGUCUCAGGUGGCUUGGCAGGUCUUCCCCAUCUUUCUUGUCAUACUAGGAAUCUCCAUCUGGUAUCAGGCUUACUACAUUACAACUGCUAGAGAAUUAGCCAGAAUGAUUGGAAUCAGAAAGGCUCCUAUCUUGCACCACUUUUCAGAAUCUAUUGCAGGAGCAGCGACAAUUCGCUGUUUCAAUCAGGAAGAACGCUUUCUGACGAGGAACCUAAGCUUAAUUGAUGAUUAUUCUCGCAUAGUCUUUCACAACACAGGCACAAUGGAAUGGCUGUGCGUUCGGAUCAACUUUCUCUUCAAUCUUGGGUUCUUUCUUGUUCUCAUCAUCUUGGUCAGCCUUCCUAAGUCAGCCAUUAAUCCCAGCUUGGCGGGGCUCGCAGCAACCUACGGUCUGAACUUGAAUGUUCUUCAGUCUUGGGUUAUCUGGAAUUUAUGCAACGUUGAAAACAAAAUGAUAUCAGUUGAAAGAAUUCUUCAAUUCACUAACAUACCUAGCGAAGCUCCUCUAGUGAUUGAAGAUUGUGGGCCAAAGCCUGAAUGGCCAGUGGAUGGAAGAAUUGAACUGAUAAGCCUUCAUGUUCAAUAUGGUCCUUCUCUCCCAAUGGUUCUCAAAGGGAUAACUUGCACCUUCCCUGGAGGAAAGAAAAUCGGUGUUGUGGGCAGGACGGGAAGUGGAAAGUCUACUCUGAUUCAAGCUCUCUUUCGAGUGAUCGAGCCAUCAGGAGGACAAAUUCUUAUUGAUGGACUGGAUAUUUCCAAGAUAGGUUUGCAGGACUUGAGGUCCAGGCUUGGCAUAAUUCCUCAAGAUCCCACUUUGUUUCAAGGAACUGUAAGGACUAAUCUGGAUCCUUUGGAGCAACACUCGGAUCAAGAAAUCUGGGAGGUUCUCAACAAGUGCCGGCUUGCAGAUACAGUGAAACAAGAUAAAAGACUUCUUGACGCAACAGUUGCUGAAGAUGGAGAAAACUGGAGUGUUGGACAAAGGCAGCUUGUGUGCCUGGCUAGGGUGAUGCUAAAGAAAAGGACAAUUUUGGUAUUAGAUGAGGCCACAGCUUCCAUUGAUACAGCAACAGAUAAUAUCAUUCAAGGAACAAUAAGAGAAGAAACAAGUAGAUGCACAGUCAUCACUGUGGCGCAUCGAAUACCUACUGUCAUAGACAAUGACUUGGUUUUGGUUCUUGAUGACGGCAAGGUUGUAGAGUAUGACUCCCCGGUGAAGUUGCUCGAGGACAACUCUUCUUCGUUUUCGAAGUUGGUCAAAGAAUUCCUGAGGAGAUCAAUGCAAGAGUAACCACCAAAAGGAUUUUUCUUGACGACAGUAGAGAUUAAGCACCUCAGUCUUUCAUCCUCAGGCCACAGGUUAGAAUCUGGUCAUAUAUUUCGUUGGAGGAUACUAUAUGAUCUUAUUAAAAUGGCCACUGAACCCUGAGAAGGCCUAGCAGGAGCGGUGGGCAAAGGUUUGAAGAACCACUGAAACCUAUGAUAAUGAGAAAUUAGAUCAUGGAAUUCUAGAGAUGAAAACUUAAUAUCACCUUACUAUUUGUAUUGAUAUGUGUGUUGGAUCACGAAGCUUCUCAUGCUGCCUUACUAUCUGGAAACCUUCAAGAGAUGCUUGUUCCGAACAAAAGUUUGAAGGAAUGAUUCUACGAAAGCUAGAGUGAAAGCAUCAGCAUCGAAGAUUAACUGAAGUUUUAAAGAUCAGUGUCGGUCCUGUCACGACCAAUUCGAGCACAGAUCUCUCAAGCGUGCUUUCUGGGAGUUCGGAUCGAAAUGGCAGGCACGAACAAAGAUAUGCUCACCUUGGCACAAGCUUUCAUCACAAAGCAGGGAGCAUAUCAUGCCCCAAUUGCAGAGGCAGUCGAUAUGGGCAGAAGAGCACACCAAAAACCUCGGUCGUAUGGAUGAACUGAAAAGCCACUAUGCAUAUCUUAUUGAUGUAAAUUGUGACCCAUAAUAUUUCCCAAAGUAAUUGAGAAUGCAACGCUGAGAAGCAACAUCAAAAGUCAUCGGAUUGUUCAUCAUGGCAUGAUGUCAAUUUCAGGAAAUUUGUGUCUGUAAUUUCCACUAGUCUACUUAAAUUAUGAGAAUGGAGCAACAUGUGAAAGUUUGCUCGAUUGAACUGAUCCACCUGGGAUUUGGGUGAGCAUCAAUGUACAUGGAUGUGCUAGGGGAAAGACCAAGACUGCUGGUGCAGCCAGGGGUUAAUGAUGUUCAUCUGGUGAAGAGCUAGUUUGUUUCAUGCUCAAUGGAGACACCAGCCAAUUCAGGGAUGCAUAAUAAUGAUUGAAUUUUAUACUGGAUUAACAA